AGCUUAUAUUUGUUUUGAUUUGCUCGGCGUGCGUUGGCUUCCCCGGCUCAUUAUCCAUUAUCCGGCGAAAAUGGGCAAAAGCAAGAAGCAGGUGCGCGAGUUCAAUGCCGCCAAGGAGGCUGUGGAGGCCACAAACGCCCGGCUGGACACCUGCAACGAUGCCUACACGAGCGGAGCCUUCCAGUACCUGAGAUUCCUGGUCCACCUCUUGGCGGCUGCUCAGUUCUCGUAUGGGAUAUACUACCACUACUUCAAGGUGCACUGGCCCACGGACUUGCUGGACGAGGAUGAGCUAAAGGCCCGCUGGGGCGGCAAGUUCAAGUACCUCACCUUCUUGGACGUCAUUCUGCAAGCCAUCUACCACUCGCUGGCCCUUCUGAACGACCUCUUCGGCGAUAACAAGGUCUCCGGGGACUCAAAGUCCAGGCUGAGAUUGGCGAGGGACUACGUGUUCGCGGCCUUUGCCUUCCCCGUCGCCCACAACGUGUGCCUCUCGUUCUGGGUCAUUUACAUGUGGGACCGUGAGCUCAUCUUUCCUUCGGCGCUGGAUGCGAUUUUCCCCAGCUGGCUAAAUCACGUCGUGCACACGAAUGUGGCCCUUUUGGCCAUCAUGGACCUGUUUACCUGCUUCCGCCGCUAUCCAAGUCGACUGGCCGGCAUCACGGGCAACGUCUCCUUCAUCCUGCUCUACAUCAUCUGGCUGCACAUUGUUCGAUACUUUAGCGGAGAGUGGGUGUAUCCCAUUCUGGAAGUGCUGCCCGUAUACCUGCGCUACCUGUUUCUGGCCCUCCUGGUGGGCUUCAAUCUGGUGUGCUAUCUGCUCGGAGAGUUCGCCAACAGCGUCGUCUGGGCUCCGGAGUUCAAGCUGCUGACGCAGCAGAAAGUCAAAUAGGGUUAAGACUCGAGGAUUUAAAAUCGGUUUAUUAGUUACACAAACGUAUAAGAUAUUUUGUAAACUUAUAGGCACUUUUCGAGGUACGAUUUGUUUGCCGUGAGAGGCCUAUUUUUAUCGUACAUUAAUGUAUAAUCUAGAGUCUAGUUUAAAGCCCAGUACACACUGCAAAAUAAAAUGACCAGGAAAAUACAUUAUAAUUUCCUUUUCAUGGACAUUUUGUUUGGCGUGAGUACCAGGGUUAAGGAAACAGUCAUUCACAAACGUACACAGAGAUUCGAGUGCUUACGAGCUAGAUGGGAAGAUGGAUUUGUAUAAUAACGUUUGCAGCUUAAUGUCUAUGAGUAUUCGUAGUUCGUCGUUGUAGUUUCGCUUAUUCUGCUCAAUAAAACAAUUAAGAAGAAACUAGGGUCAUCGCAAUGUAAAA